ACAGAAAAUGUGUGUGUGCAAAAUAAGCGAAAAUCCAAAACAAAAGGCGAACAAAAAUACAGAGAGACAAAGAGUGUGAAUGUGUCUGUGUAUGUAGAGAGAGAGAGAAAAGAAGGAAACAAAAAACAAAAGAGAGAGAGCUCUGUUGAUAGAGUACGCCGGUCUCUACUCACUCUCUCGCUCGCUCACUCGCUCACGCUUACUCUGUUGGCUAGGCCUAGGCAGCUGAUUUUGCCGGCAUCUGUCAGCUGUUUGUUGUGUGUGGCUCUCUCUUUUACUCUCUCUUUCGCCCGCCCGCAGUGUUUCUCUCUAUCUUUAUGUGGUUUGUGUCCAAACACUAGCAUAACAAUAAGCUGCUAAGUAGCAGCAGCAGCAAAGUGGAGGCAGAGUUUAAAGCAGCGCGGGUAUCGACUAAAUCAGCAGCAGCAGCAGCAACAAUGUUCUUAUGCGUUUGCCAUAUUUGUCUGUUGUGCGAUUGCCGCUUUAGCAAUGAUGCACAAACAGCAAAAGAAACAUAGUACCAUAGCUUCAGUAGCAGCAGAAGCAGCAACAGUAAAAAACACAACAGCAGAAAUCAAAACAACAGCAUCAGGAGGAGCAACAACAACAGAAUCAGCAACAACGUUGAAUCUUAACAGCAGCAGCAUCAACACCAACAUGUUAGCCACAGCAGCGACAUCUGCGUCAGCAGCAGCACGCAAACGCAGUCGCAGCGCUAGCAAUGGCAGCAAACGCAAUGCCACCGGCAGCGGCAGCGGUCGCAAAUUAACCAAGAGCAUGUCCGCCGGCGCUCAAUUGCAGAUGGCCCCACAGACCACAGCGACCUUAAGUCAUCAUCAUCCAAAUCAGGCGUCCCAGCAACAACAGUUGCCACCUCCCCCGCAACAGCAACAGCCACAACCCCCGCAGCAGCAACAGCAUUUUGCCAAUCAUCACACAACGCAACAGCAAGAUCAGCAACAAAACCCCACACAACAGCAACAACAACAACAGAUUUUGCCACAGCAACAUUUGCAACAUUUACAACAGCCGCCACAGCAAUCUAAACAUCAUCCGCAUCAGCUACACCUGCCCCAGCAUCCUCAGCAGCAGCAACAGCAACAACAACAACAGCAGCAGCAACAGCAACAACAUUACCAUCAGCAAUCCCUGGGAUUGCAGGUGGUGGUAGGUGGCGGCGGUACGGGUGCCACAGCUGGUGGCAGUAGUAAUCCUGACUCGAAUAUGAGCACUGGCUCCUCGCACAGCGAAAAGGAUGUCAAUGAUAUAUUAAGUGGAGCAGCUGGCGUCGCGACAGCUGGAGGGUUACCCUGUCCGCCCUUUGCUAUGCACUCCAAUAACGGUGGCAACGACAUGUUCAUACAGAGCAGUGGGAAGCAGCCACGAACGCCGGCUGAUCGGAAACGAAAACGAAAGCUGCCUCACAAUACAACGGCGGAUGAUGGUGGAUCAGCGGGCGGCGGCAGUGUCAACAAUAGCAGUUUAAAAGGCAAAUCCCUCGGUCUGAAUCUGUGUAAAGUGGGUCUACCUGGCGUUUUAUCGGUUGCGGAUCGACUUAGUGGCACAUCAGUUGGCGGCGGCGGCGUCACUGGCGGAAGUGGGAGUAGUGCUGGUGGCGGCGGUGGUGCUGGUGGUGGAGGCGGUAGCUCUGGUUCUGGUAGUGGAGCUGGCGGCGGUAAAAGUGCACGUCUUCUUCUGCCCGGUGGUGGUGGCGGCGUUGUCAGUGACAACAAAAAGAUCAACGAUUAUUUCAAUAAGCAACAACAGUCGGGAGUGGGUGUUGGAGUCGGUGUGGGGAUACCCGGUGUAACGGGUGGUGGUGGUGUCGGCGGCGGUGGUGUUGGUAAUCCAUCGGCGUUACGACCACCACAUGCCGGCAGUAAAUCUCCAUCAUCCGCCCAACAGCAAACACCCACAUCGGUGGCAUCCAGUGGAGUUGUCGGUGUGCCCGUCGGAGUAGGAGUCGGAGUCGGAGUCGGAGUUGGUGUUGGAGUUGGUGGAGCGCCUUCUAAUCAACAGCAGGUGCAGGUGCAAACGAGCCAAGUGCAAACGAGCCAAGCGUAUUCAAUGUAUCCAGCUAGUCCACAGACGCAGGCGCCAAGUCAAGUGCCGCCACCAGGAGCGGAUUUCCAUUAUGCUCAGCAGCAGCAACAACGCCAGCAGCAACAGCAACAACAACAACAGACUUCCAAUCAAAUGGUUCCUCCUCAUGUUGUGGUCAGUGGCUGUUCAUUGGGUCAUGUGAUGGGUUUAACCUCGCUUCCUCCGCCCCCACCCACAUCUCAGAACCAACAACAGCAGCAGCAACAACAACAACAGCAGCAGCAGCAGCAACAACAACAACAACAACAAUUGGGUCCACCUGCCGUCACAUCCUCUGGAGCAACCGUUGUCUCUGCCCAUCCACACCAAUUGAGCUCAAUGGGAUUGGGUGGUGUCGGUGUGGGCGGUGUUGGUGUGGGAGUGGGAGUGGGAGUACAACCAUUGCCACCACCACCCCCAAUGCCCACCUCAAUUAUCACGUACAGCAAAUCGACGCAAACAGAGGUCUCACUGCUUGAGCUCCAGGAGCGCGAGGCUGAACACGAGUCUGGCAAAGUGAAGCUGGACGAGAUGACAAGACUGUCCGAUGAGCAAAAGUGCCAGAUUUUGGGCAAUCAGAAGACAAUUGACCAGCACAAAUCGCACAUUGCCAAAUGCAUUGAUGUGGUCAAAAAGCUGCUAAAAGAGAAGAGCAGCAUUGAGAAAAAGGAGGCCCGCCAAAAGUGUAUGCAGAAUCGCCUGAGAUUAGGCCAGUUUGUUACCCAACGGGUGGGCGCCACAUUCCAGGAGAAUUGGACGGACGGCUAUGCCUUUCAGGAGCUAAGUCGACGGCAGGAAGAGAUCACAGCGGAACGUGAGGAAAUCGAUCGUCAGAAGAAACAGCUGAUGAAGAAGCGUCCGGCUGAGUCCGGACGCAAGAGGAACAAUAAUAGCAACCAGAACAACCAGCAGCAACAGCAACAGAAUUCCAAUUCCAAUGACUCAUCCCAGCUGACGGGCGGCCCGGGCAGUGAUCGUCUGGGCGGCGGCGGAGCUGGUGGUGGCGGUAGUGUAGAUAGUGGCCUCGGUGGCACCAAUGCUGGUGGCCUUGGCGGUGGUGGUGGCGGUGUCGGUGGUGCCGGCGGCGGUGGCGGUGGCGGCGGCAGUGGCCGUGGCCUAUCCCGCUCAAAUUCCACGCAAGCGAAUCAAGCCCAAUUGCUACACAAUGGUGGCGGCGGUUCCGGCGGCAAUGUGGGCAAUAGCGGCGGUGUCGGUGAUCGGCUAUCUGAUCGCGGCGGCGGCGGUGGCGGCCUCGGUGGCAAUGAUAGCGGCAGUUGCUCCGAUUCGGGCACUUUCCUCAAGCCAGAUCCGGUCUCGGGUGCAUAUACGGCCCAGGAAUACUAUGAAUAUGAUGAGAUCUUAAAGCUACGUCAGAAUGCACUGAAAAAGGAAGAUGCCGAUCUGCAGCUUGAAAUGGAGAAGCUGGAAAGGGAACGGAAUCUGCAUAUACGUGAGCUUAAGCGGAUACUCAAUGAAGAUCAGUCCCGCUUUAACAAUCAUCCUGUGCUAAAUGAUCGAUAUCUGCUGUUAAUGCUAUUGGGCAAGGGUGGCUUCUCUGAGGUGCACAAGGCCUUUGACCUUAAGGAGCAACGCUAUGUCGCAUGUAAGGUGCACCAAUUAAACAAGGAUUGGAAGGAGGAUAAGAAAGCUAAUUAUAUCAAACACGCCUUGCGGGAAUAUAAUAUCCACAAGGCUCUGGAUCAUCCGCGUGUUGUUAAACUCUAUGAUGUUUUCGAGAUCGAUGCAAAUUCAUUUUGCACUGUUCUUGAGUAUUGCGAUGGUCAUGAUUUAGACUUUUAUUUAAAGCAGCAUAAGACUAUACCCGAGCGUGAGGCUCGCUCGAUAAUAAUGCAGGUUGUAUCUGCACUAAAGUAUCUAAAUGAGAUUAAACCGCCUGUCAUCCAUUAUGAUCUAAAGCCAGGAAACAUUUUGCUCACCGAAGGUAAUGUUUGCGGCGAGAUCAAAAUAACCGAUUUCGGUUUAUCCAAAGUUAUGGACGAUGAGAACUAUAAUCCAGAUCAUGGCAUGGAUCUAACAUCACAAGGAGCUGGUACAUAUUGGUAUUUACCACCCGAGUGCUUUGUUGUGGGUAAAAAUCCACCAAAAAUCUCAUCCAAAGUGGAUGUGUGGAGUGUUGGCGUGAUAUUCUAUCAGUGUCUUUAUGGCAAAAAGCCAUUUGGUCAUAAUCAAUCGCAAGCAACCAUACUGGAGGAGAAUACCAUACUAAAGGCCACCGAAGUUCAGUUCUCUAAUAAGCCAACUGUGUCCAAUGAGGCCAAGAGCUUUAUACGCGGCUGUUUAGCCUAUCGCAAAGAGGAUCGUAUGGAUGUUUUUGCUUUGGCAAGGCAUGAGUAUAUACAGCCUCCUAUACCAAAGCAUGGGCGUGGUUCGCUUAAUCAACAGCAGCAACAGCAACAGCAGCAGCAACAACAGCAACAACAACAGCAGCAACAAUCCUCAACAUCGCAAGCCAAUUCGGCUGGCCAGACAUCGUUCUCAGCCCACAUGUUUGGAAAUAUGAAUCAAUCCAGCUCAUCCUAGCUGCCAACUAAACGUAAUUCCAAUUCAUAAUUCGCCGCCGUAGCAGCAGCAGCAGCAGCAACAACAGCAACAACACCAACAUCAACAUUAUCGACACCAAUACAAAUACCAAUACCAGGAAAUGCUAGCCCAUUGGGCAUGGCUGCCAUUGACCAAAUUCAGCAUCAGCAUUUGCAUCAUUUGCAGCAGCAACAUCAACAAAAUAGCAGCAAUAAUUAUAUUAUUAAUAAUACCAGCAAUAAUAAUUAUGCAACAACGCUACUCGAUGCAGCGGCCUAUUGCUAUGAGACUGUGAUGGAUGGGGGAGGAGUAGGAGUAGGAGGAGGACACUAUAAGCAGGCGUCCCC